UUUUGCUUCAGAUUUCCGUUGUUUGUUUCAGGUUCCAGUAGGUGGCGGUAUGCACUAAUCGUUGCUACACCAAUGGAAAGAGAAGAAGAGGGUUGAGCGUGACUAUAAUGCACUGCUUCACUGUGUGAGCUCAAGCCAAGCCAGUGUCUCACCGGUUUCUUUUAGGUUUCUCGGGGGUAUAGGCAUUUAUAAAAGUCUUGGGGAAUCUGACUGUAAAUACACAACAGAAAAAGCAGUCAUAUCGUUAAUUUGUGUUUAGAAUUCCAUACACUAAAUUUGAGAAUUUUUUAAAAGUCAUGCCCCGUGACCACGCGUUAUGACUUCGCGGCUUAUUGUCCAGAAUAUCUUUUUCAGUACAAGAAGACUGACUAGAGGAACGUUAAGUCAAGGAUAUUUACCACUUUGGUCUAUCAUUCAAGGAGCAGGAAAAAAAUACCUUACUGACCUGCCAGUAUUGAACGAGAACGACUUGGAAGAACAGUUUGUUCGUGGUUCUGGACCAGGUGGACAAGCUACUAACAAAACCAGCAACUGCGUUGUAUUGAAGCACAUCCCGACAGGUGUCGUAGUAAAGUGUCAUAAAACGAGGUCAGUGGAGUUGAACAGGAAGCGCGCACGGGAGAUCAUGCGUGAAAAACUAGACAUUGUGUACAAAGGGAACGACAGCGAGCUGCUAAAAAUGAAAGAAGAGUCGCGGACGAGAAAGCAAGAAAAACGAACAAAGGUUAAUGAAAACUUGGAGAAAAAGAAACUCUUCAAAGAAAUGCUGUCAGCUGACGCAAAGCGAGGAAAUAACAACGAAUAAGGCUCCAACAGGUCAACUAUGGACAGGAUCACUCAAAACAGCAUUUCUGAGUUUUCCUGAAUUAAUACAGUAAUGUUGGCAACACAAGCUGAUGCAACAUUUUCCACUGUUGUGCCCUCAAACUUAUUCAGUAAACCCAUUGAUUGCAUUCAGGACGAAUACUUGUGUACUUAUCUUAAACUGAUAGAAAGUCUGGCCAGUUGCAUGAUGCUAUUUCUUUCUGCUGCACGCAAAUGUGCGUUCGAUUAAAAUGCUGUAAUACA